AUGAUCAACAAUUUCUCGCAGACUGAAGCUGUGGAGCUCUGUUAUGAGAACGUGAAUGGGUCCUGCAUUAAAACCCAUUACUCGCCUGGGCCUCGGGCAAUUCUCUAUGCAGUCCUGGGAUUUGGGGCUGUGCUGGCAGUGUUUGGAAACUUACUGGUCAUUAUUGCCAUCCUUCACUUCAAGCAACUGCACACGCCGACCAACUUUCUGAUUGCGUCCCUGGCCUGCGCUGACUUCUUGGUGGGAGUGACCGUGAUGCCCUUCAGCACAGUGAGGUCUGUGGAGAGCUGCUGGUACUUCGGGGAGAGUUAUUGUAAAUUUCAUACUUGCUUCGACACCUCCUUUUGCUUUGCGUCUUUAUUUCAUUUAUGCUGUAUCUCUAUUGAUAGAUAUAUUGCUGUUACUGAUCCACUGACCUAUCCAACCAAGUUUACUGUAUCAGUUUCAGGAAUAUGUAUUGUCCUCUCUUGGUUCUUCUCUGUAACAUAUAGUUUUUCUAUAUUUUACACUGGGGCCAAUGAAGAAGGUAUCGAAGAAUUAGUCGUCGCUCUCACUUGUAUAGGGGGCUGUCAGGCACCAUUGAAUCAAAAUUGGGUCCUGCUCUGUUUCCUUCUAUUCUUUGUACCCACUGUUGCGAUGGUCUUUAUAUAUGGUAAGAUAUUCUUGGUGGCAAAGUAUCAGGCUAGGAAGAUAGAAAGCACCGCCAGCCAAGGGCAGUCUUCCUCAGAGAGUUACAAGGAAAGGGUGGCAAAGAGAGAGAGGAAGGCUGCUAAGACGUUGGGAAUUGCCAUGGCAGCGUUCCUUGUUUCUUGGCUCCCCUACAUUAUCGAUGCCGUGAUUGAUGCUUAUCUGAAUUUCAUAACUCCACCCUACGUUUAUGAGAUUUUAGUGUGGUGUGUCUACUAUAACUCGGCAAUGAACCCCUUGAUAUACGCUUUCUUUUACCCAUGGUUUCGGAAGGCAAUCAAACUUAUUGUAAGUGGAAAAGUGUUAAGGAGUGACUCAUCCACAAUUAAUUUGUUCACUGAGGACGCAGGUACAGAUUGA